AAAUGAUUGACCUCUCAGGCGCCUGUCCUUCGUCACAAAACCCCCAAGAAAUUCCGUUUUCAACAUUCCAUCUAUUUUUACCUUUAAUACAUUUUUUAAACGAAUAUUCGUCAAGAGACCACCGGACGGUUCCUGAUUCAUCUCGCGAUAUUUAGCGUCGCCAAUGCUAGAGUAUACAAGCAACUCCGCAUCUCACAUCAUCUUUAUUGCUCAGUCUCCCGGGCGCUCGCGAUGUGGGAGACAUAUCAAGUCAUCGCUGCCGAUAAUGGGCAAUUAGACGAACGCUCUGAGAUUGAGAGCAUAGCCUCAUCUAGUAUGAGCAUCAGCCAAUCGAUUCUAGGAUACCGAAUCGAAAACGGCAGGACAUACCACCGAUAUAAGGAUGGCAAAUAUGUGCUCCCGAAUGACGAGAUAGAAAGUGAUAGACUAGAUAUGCAGCACGAGAUAUUCACAUAUACAAUCGGCGAUAGACUGGGACGGGCCCCGCCAUGCGACGAAGAUGCCAAGGUCGGGCGUGUCCUCGACGUGGGGACUGGUACCGGCAUAUGGGCCAUCGACUUUGGCGAAUUGCAUCCCGAAGCUGAGGUCUAUGGUGUUGAUCUUUCGCCCAACCAGCCAGAAUAUGUACCGGAAAAUGUGAGGUUUGAGAUCGACGACGUGGACGAAGACUGGACAUACUCAAAACCAUUCGAUUACAUCCACAGUCGGUUCAUGACAGGUGCCAUCAACAACUGGAGAAAGUUCUUCGAAUCCGCUUACGACCAUCUCAACCCCGGUGGGUGGUUCGAGGUCCAAGACGCCGACAUCAAUCCUCAGUCCGACGACGACACCUUUCCAAAGGACUGCGCAUUAGCAGAAUAUGUGCAGCUACUUCAGUCCGGCGCGGAAGCCGCUGGCUGCUCGUAUGUCGAUAUACCAUCGCUAGCGGGUCUCAUGACCGAGGUUGGUUUCGUGGACGUCUCGAUCCAGAUGUACAAGUGGCCCAUUAAUGGGUGGCCAAAAGAAGAUAGGUAUAAGAAAUUGGGCCUCUGGACACAGGAGAACUUUAGCAGUGCUCUCCAGGGGCUGUGUAUGGCUCUCUUUACUCGCGUUCUUGGGUGGUCUCGAGCGAGGGUCGAGGGCUUCCUCAUUAAUGUGCGCCAUGAUGUGAGGAAUAGGGAUUUCCACGCUUACUUUCGAAUAUACUGUAUCGUAGGUCGGAGACCGUAGAAAGGUGAAGUAAUACACAUCUGUGCUGGUAGGUAUCACCAACAAGAAGAAGACUGUGUGUAUAGGAGGUAUUACAUUUACACAGCCGCAAGGCAAGACUUAACAUCCUUUUCCUGCAUUCAAGAUAGACAUUCUGCUUGCCUCAUCUUCAUACAGUUCCAAAGACGCGAAAAGGCAGGCUCACGUGCGCCACAGAAUUCCUGAAGGUUACCAAUUUGACACCUAGACUUUGGCAAAGAUUGGUGUACUAAUGGUCCGUUGACUCAA